CCUCAGAGGACAUCGCACUUUAGCACCAUGUUACUUAACUAAGUAAACCCUCAAUGUUGCCUGAUACUCUGGACUGCUCUCCACGCAUCGCCGCUCACCAUGACACUACAUGACGAGAGCUCUCAGGAACCAGAGCAGCUUCCUCGGGAGAACUGGGCCUUUCUCCCCAGCCUCCCUCUGUUCUCAGGGCCGACCGUUCCAAAAGUUGGACGCCAGUUUUUUACUCAUUCUCCGUCUACUAUCCUCAAACUGGGCACUGACGAUGGCGAAGGCAAGAUGACCGCGCUCGCCCAUUCCAUCCUGGGCCCCUGUGUCCCACGCGGCAGCCAGUGGGAUGACUCGCGCGUCCGCGCGCUGCAGGCCUCUGCCCCGGACGCGGAACGUGCAGUCGCCCUUGAGCGAGUACAGCGUGACACCACCGGCGCAGGUGAUUGGGCCCGUCCUGUCCUCUCGCAUGGGGACUUGUCUGACCGGAACAUCCUUGUGGACCCCUGCACGCUCACGGUGACGGGUUUCCUGGACUGGGAGAUGGCCAACAUCAUGCCUGCGUACUUUGAGUACGUCGCGGCAUGGCUGUCUGGGGGCCAUCAACCUGAGUGGAGGAGGGAACUGUUAGAUGUGCUGAGGUCUGUUCUGCGCUGCAAGUGCGAUGCUGGGCGCCAGGAAGACCUGGAUGCUGUCAAUGUCGAUGAUGGAGAGGAAAGAUACAGGAGGACGUUGGCGGCGUGGGAUGCUGUCGUCAAUGUUGAGAGAAUCACGCAGGGAUACGACAAUGACUGUGAAUGGACUUUUGAAACCGGCCUACCAGAUGUUUCACAAAAGACUGGUUCUGCCUUAUAGUUCAAUGAGUAUGAGAAGCAGCAGCAAAUAC